AUCUAGAUAUGCCGCCUCGUCUCUUUAUCUUUUCCAUCAUCAUAUUGUUCCAUUCGUAUUAUUUGUUAUUCUAUUUCAUGUUUUGUAUGCUACUGAUUACUCGGAACCUUCUUGGGCACCGAAACAUCGUCGGCCCGACUUCAAAGUGUCCAGAGGGUCUGUCAUCGUCACCAGCUUCAUGGGUGGUAGGAGCCGACAGGAUACCAACGUGGCGGUAUUAACGCUUUGUCAUGCUACGGCUUUACGGGUUAAGAGACGAAAGGAAAUCACAGAGCGCAAGCGCGCUACCAAUCGCUGACACUCUCGGCUCCGUUUUCAACCUGGCUUCAUAACGAAGUGAGACGUUGAAAGUGAUUGAACUUGUGUGUUGGUCCGUUUUUAUUUUGAUAAUAUAUUAUAGUGAAUAUUUGGUAUUUUGUGCGUUCGUGGACUGUUUUAGUUAGGGCAAAUGGUCGUGUUGGACGGUGGCAGUAUGCUCUCUUCAACGGGCAAUCAAUAUUUACAACCGGAUUACCUUUCACCUCUUCCUACCACUUUGGACGCAAAAAAGAGCCCUUUAGCCCUCCUGGCGCAGACCUGCAGCCAAAUCGGAGCGGACACACCCUCAACGAAGGCUCUUCUAUCCCCCUUGGACAAAUCCAAAAAGUCCAACAGCGAAAACUCCCGUACACCUCCAGCGAAAGAUAAACCAGACAAAUCCUCGCCGAGGAUAACACCUAGCGAGCAAAAACUGGCCUUCAAACCUUACGAAAACAACGUCCUAACAAAAAAAGAAGAAAUUCGUCCGUGUUCGGAAAAUAGUAUACCUCACGACGAUAGAAAAUCAGACAGUCAUAGUACGGGUAGGAAAACGGCAUCGCCUUCAACUAACUUAUCAGCUACUCCAAAUCCGGAAACGGGAAAGACAUCACCGGAGCAAAAAUGCGGUACUCCAUCCGGUAGAAGUGCUAGCCCAAUUAUCAGAUCGGGACUCGAAAUCCUGCAAGGGCAUCCUAAAGACACUCCUCUCGGUACUUACAAACCCGGUUUAUCUUCGGGAUUAAGUGGAUUAAACAAUCAUUUAAGUGCGUUGUGUUGCCCUCCGGGCUUAGAACAGACCAAUCCGGCUUUUAGACCGCCUUUUCCCGGAGCUACGUUCAGCGCUCAACACGCAGCUAUGUUCGCGGCUGGUUAUCCCGGUACGACCCAAGGGCCGUAUCUAAGCUACGCUAGAGUUAAAACACCGUCAGGCGGUGAAGCCUUAGUGCCGGUGUGUAAAGAUCCCUACUGCACGGGAUGUCAAUUUAGUUUACAGAAUCAACAGUUACAACUUACUGGUCCUUGUCCGUCUGGUUGCACCCAAUGCGAUCAUCAGAAAUACAAUUUAGCAAUGGCGAUGAGUUUAGUACCACCUGGUCCGGUACCGUCGUUAGCGUAUUCAAAUUUAGGACGACCGUAUAUUUGCAAUUGGAUCGCUGGGGAUACUUAUUGUGGUAAACGGUUUACUACGUCUGAAGAACUUUUACAGCACCUCCGUACGCAUACGAACGGUACAGAUCCAGCUAUUUCUGCAGCUAGUUCCGCGUUGCUCAAUCACCAUUCGUUGUUUUCGACUGCUGGAUUACAUCGACCAGGAUAUCCGAAUCCUCCGUUGAGUCCUUUAUCUGCAGCAAGGUAUCAUCCUUAUGGCAAGCCUGCGUUAUCGGCUUCCUUGGCAGCUUCACCUUAUAGUGCGUUCAAUCCAACUAUGAGUCCUUAUUACUCGGCGUAUUCGAUGUAUGGACAAAGAUUAGGAGCUGCUGCUGUACACCAGUAGUAAAUCAGUCGUAUA